AGAUUUUUCUUUAUGGAUGGGCCUGCCGGUUGUGGUAAAACAUUUACUUACAAUUAUUUAAUUGCUGAAACACGCAGCAGGCAUAUUAGAACUGCAACAGCUGCAUGGACAGGAAUAGCUGCAACUCUUCUUAAGAAUGGAUGCACAUUGCACGGCUUAUUCAAACUUCCUGUUCCAAUUUUGGAAACUAGCACAUGUAAUGUAACUCCAAACUCCAUUCAUGGUAGAUUCCUGAGACAAGUUAGUUUAUAUUUACUCGAUGAAGCAUCUAUGAUACCCAAACAUGCUUUGAGUGCCAUUGAUAAGUUAUUACAAGAUAUUUGUAAUAAUAAGUUUCCUUUUGGUGGUAAAGUUAUUCUUAUGGGUGGAGAUUUUCGACAAAUACUUCCAGUUGUGAAGAGAGGUCGACCAGCAGAUGUUGUAGAAUCAUGUAUAAAAUGUUCUGAACAUUGGCAAUAUGUGCAAAGGUUUUCAUUAACUGAAAAUAUGAGGGUUCAGAUAGGAGAAGAGGAAUUUUCUCAAUGGCUUUUAAAGCUUGGAAGUGGAACAUUACCUGUCAAGCCUGAAGAUCCUUUGCAAGGGUGUAUUGAAAUACCUGAGCAGUGUUUUCUCAAUGAUAAUGAAUCUAUUGUGGAAAAGAUUUUUGGUGGUGCAGAAGAAGCUGAUUAUGCAAAACGUGCUAUUUUAACACCAACAAAUGUUGAUUCAUUGGCAAUAAAUGAAGAAGUCCUUCAUCGAUUACCGGGUGAUGUUAAAACUUAUUUAAGUUCAGAUAGCAUUGAAACUGAUGAUCAUAAUGAAAUUUAUAAUUUUCCAGUUGAGUUUUUAAAUACUUUGACUCCAUCAGGUAUGCCUGUUCAUUGCCUAAAGUUGAAAAUUGGUGCUGUUAUAAUGCUACUUAGAAAUUUAGAUCUCAAAGGUGGACUUUGUAAUGGAACACGUUUGAUGGUGCGUGCACUACACAACAAUUACAUUGAUGGUGAGGUUCUAACAGGUGUAUCAGCUGGUAACAGGGUAUUUGUUCCUCGAGUUCAAUUAGCUCCAUCAGAUUCAAAUUUACCUUUUACACUUAAACGUCGUCAAUUUCCAGUUAGGUUAGCAUACUCAAUGACCAUAAAUAAAAGUCAAGGUCAAACAUUUGAUAAAGUUGGUGUUUAUCUCAAAAAGCCUUGCUUUUCACACGGCCAAUUAUAUGUUGCAUGUUCAAGAACAAAAUCUUUUAAUAGUUUGUUUUUUAAAGUUGAUAAACAUGCAUUACAAGGUAUGUCAUUUAACAAAUAUUACACAAAUAAUGUUGUGUUUACAAAUGUUCUUAAUUUAUAAUUUUGACAAGUUUGU